AAAAAAAGUAAAAACAAUCCAAACACUUCAUUAAUUUGAUCUAAGAAAGCUAAUCCCAUGCAUGGCGCAACGACUAUCAUUUAGUCAUCGCAAUUAGUCAAAAUCGACCUUACCGCGAUCGUUCCAUAGGCGGCAAUGAUGGCUGACAGUUGUAUGAGAACUCUGGUGGAAGCUAUACACUCUACUCCCACUCAAGCGGUCCUAUACGUCUCCGGCGGAGCUUCUCAGGCGCUGGGGUGGUUGAUGUCGGUUCCCGGAGCCUCCAACACUGUACUUGAGGCCGUGGUUCCUUACUCCAGACUGUCUAUGGUCCAAUUGCUCGGUAAGGUCCCUGCUCAAUCUGCUAGUCUGCAAACCGCAGAGGACAUGGCAUUGCUGGCUUACAAUCGAGCACUAAAGCUUUGUAAACCAGGAUGUCCAGCUCUAGGUGUGGGUUUUACAGGUGCUCUGGCCAGUACACAACCCAAACGGGGGGAUCAUAGGUUUCAUUUGUCAACAAGGACAUCUGAAAGGCUACUGGUGUCAACAGUCACAUUGUCGAAGGGUCUGCGAACACGUGAGCAAGAAGAUUUUGUCUCAAGCCAAUUCUUACUUAAGGCAGUAGCAAGUGCAUGCAUGGCUUCAAAUAAUUUUCUUCCAGAUUUAACGGAAUCGGAGAUUCCUGUUGAGCUUGGUUGGCAAUUUAAUGAAGACCAAGAGCUGGAGCAGCUUAUCAGUGGUCAAGUAUCUUUUAAGGUUUAUCCUUUUUCAAGUGAUCUAGUCAAAGCAGAGAGGAAAAUAAUCCUGUCUGGUUCUUUCAACCCCUUGCAUGAUGGUCACCUUAAUCUCUUGGACGUUGCAACUAGGAUUUGUAGCGGUGGAUAUCCAUGCUUUGAAUUGUCUGCAGUCAAUGCAGACAAGCCUCCAUUGACAGUUUCUGAAAUCAAAGAUCGUGUAAAACAGUUUAAAAAUGUCGGCAAGACAGUCAUAAUAUCUAACCAGCCAUAUUUUUACAAAAAAGCAGAACUUUUCCCUGGCAGUGCUUUUGUUAUUGGCGCAGAUACGGCUGCUAGGCUUAUAAAUCCAAAGUAUUAUAGAAAUGACUAUCAAAACAUGUUGGAGACACUUAUUGGAUGCAAGAACACAGGGUGUAUCUUCCUGGUGGGAGGCCGAAAUGUGGAUGGCGUUUUCAAGGUGCUUGAUGACUUUGAAAUUCCAGAGGAGCUGAAAGACAUGUUUAUCUCAAUACCAGCAGAAGAAUUCCGUAUGGAUAUUUCGUCAACAGAAAUCAGGAAAAGCCAAGGGAUGUGAAAAAGCUCAUCACUUACAAAAUAGAGAAAGAUCGUGCAAAGAUCAUGGACUCAUUGGGCGAUCAGGUCAAUGUUGUAGGUACUCAUGUUUAUAUGGAGUCCAAGUCUCCAAGAUCCCAACUACUGUUUUUUAAUCUAAUUAACAGUUUUGGCGGUUUUAGGUAGAUGUGUGAUUUCAUCUUUACUCUAUUGUUAGACAUCUGAAAGACUGAAACUAUGAAAACUUAAAAAGAAAAGUAAAUAAAGAAUCACUGUUGUAUAUUAUUACUCCAUCAUUCCCUUUUUAAUCUUUUCGGUUCGACCUUUACAAAUAUGGGCUUAAUUACCAUUCCAUACAAAAAGGUCACUAAAAACUGAAACAUGAGAAUUAUAUUGAGAUAGACUAGAAAAAAGAAAGAGAUAAGAUGAACGGGGAUGGAGGGUGAAUUACAGCUCUUUGCCAAAUUACCAACAUCAAAGUAUGUGUGCAUCAUCAACCACCACAACCUCCGCCACAACCUCCGCAUGCUCCACCGCAGUUGGUGCUAUCGACAUAAUUUGUAUUGCCAGUAGUGUCUCUUUUGGGAGGUUUACCAUCGGAACAGGAAAAUAUGAUGGUGGAGAUGAAGCUAAGGCCAAGCAGAGCCAACCAUAAGACCGAAAUUGCCAUACCAAAGCCUUCUGAAUUGCUUCCCAGUGCUCUGAGGUCUCUACCCAUAUCUUCACAG